UAAAUCCUUCCUCUAAUUCUUUUUCAAUCCUCUGGUUCACGUUCUUUCCUUCACCGUCUCUUUAAUUUUAUGGAACAUAAACGUAAUUAGUAUCUCGGGUGAUCAAGACUUAACCGCGAUGGACAAGCAUAUUCUUCAACCAAGCCCGGUGUCGAGUGACUUGACUAGAAUACUUCUCUUUGUUGCUCACGAUCAACUGGCGCAGCUUCAUGCCGCUGAGCUCGUUUUUCAUCAGAAAUUUUAUUGCGAAAAAAUUGAACUUGUAUCUUAACGAUCUUCAUGGUCGGCCCAUUCCUGGAAGACACCGUCUUCCACGGUCUUAUUCAUUGAAUUGCAGGUUGCAGCAGGGCCCCUUCCCAGGUAAACGUUUUUCUGCAAUCCUACGUACAAGCGCGUCUCGAUGUGAUGCUUGGCGCCGGCAUCCCUCCUCUUGCAGUGCGGUGCGGUGGCCGUACAGCUCGGAGAAUACUGUUCGAACACUCUUUACUCGUCACCGUCAGUUUCUGGCACGAGCUAAACGCGAGAGCGCGAACAAGUGCAUUUUCCAGAUCGUAACUCCUAACACGUAUGUGACGUUACGCCAAAAAGCGAGAUAGUCAAAGAGAAGGGAAGAGAGAGAGAGAGAGAGAGAGAGAGAGAGAGAGAGAGAGAGAGAGAGAAAGAGAGCGUGUUCGAGCUCACGAUCCUUUAAAGUCGGCCGGAUAUCCGAGUUUCAUUUCCGUAAGCGCGAACUGGAUAUCCGGACAGUGAGGAAAACUAAAACAGCGGAAGCAGGCAGUGAUAUGAAGAAUACGAAAAUCGACGAAUAUGCGGGCGUGAACGUUAAACGAGUUUCCAAUGGUAAAGACGACCAUGUCGACGGUGACGCAAAUGUCGACGCCGUGCAGACCGCAAUCGGCAAUCUCGGCAGAUGGCAAGUCACCGUCUGCCUGGCGAUUUCCCUGGUCAAAUUUCCGGUAGCCUGGCAUCAAUUGGCGAUCGUCUUCAUGGCGCCGCACCAGGAUUAUAAUUGCACGGAGCCUGCCACCACGGACUCCAAAGACCAAUGCACGGUCAACGUUAACGGCACAUUAGUCGAGUGCACGGAGUGGAAAUAUGACCGAAGUGUCUUUUCCGAGACCAUUAUAUCGCAGUGGAAUUUAGUCUGCGAUCGGACGCACUACGCGAACAUACAACAGUCUAUUCUUAUGUUCGGCGUGCUGCUCGGUAACAUAAUCUUCGGCAGUUUAGCGGAUAGGUACGGCAGGAAAGUACCGCUGAUGAUUUCCGUGGUUCUCCAACUGGUAUCGGGGAUUGGAUGCGCCGUAGUGCCUUGGUUUCAAGCAUUGUUGCUGAUGAAACUAUUGAGCGCCAUGGCCACUGGAGGCACAAUGGUCACUAGUUACGUUAUUUGCAUGGAAAUAGUGGGUACGAAAUGGCGAGCCGCCAUCACUGUUCUGUACCAAUUUCCUUUUGCCUUAGGACAUCUGUCGUUGGCGGGAUUGGCGUUCUGGUUUCGACAUUGGCAACAAUUGCAGAUCGCCAUCACCCUUCCGUCCAUUAUUCUUUUAAGUUAUUGGUGGUUAGCACCUGAAUCGCCUAGGUGGUUAUUAGCUAUGGGAAGGCAGAAAGCGGCCUGCAAGAUCUUGCAGAAGGCAGCCAGUAUCAAUAAAAUGGAAAACGUGGACAUUCCCGAAAUGAUAAGGAAACAUUGCUUGCAGCAGAAUUUUAAGAAAUCCAUAUUGGAUCAUAGAGCUUCGUUUGUGGAUCUUUUUCGUACGCCGAACAUGCGAAUAAAAUCUCUGUCGAUUUUCUUCAACUGGACCGUUUGUGGAAUGGGCUUGUUUGGCAUGUCACAGUAUAUCGGCCAGGUCGGCGGCGAUAUUUUCAUUAAUUUCGCAGUAUCCGGUGCUAUACAGAUUCCUGGAAACUUCGUCGCAUGGUGGGCAAUGAACAAAUUAGGUCGACGAGUCACUCUGAUUUGCAGCAACUCUACAGCCGGCGUGGCCUGUCUGUUCUUGAUCAUCGUAUCACACGAUAUCGCCUGGUUAAGAUUGCUGUUGGCAUGCUGCGGUAUCGUCGGUAUAGCGGUAUCGUUCACGACAGUCUACCUUUUCUCCGGAGAACUGUUCCCCACAGUCGUGAGGAACAUCGGAGUCGGCACGAGCAGCAUGUGCGCCAGACUAGGUUCCAUCGUGGCGCCGUUCGUGGUGUCUUUGAGCGGCAUCAAAGCGUGGCUACCGCCGACCGUGUUCGGCGUCUUGCCGUUAAUUGGCGCCGCGCUGUGUCUGUUAUUGCCCGAAACUGCAGGAUGCACACUGCCAGAGACGCUUCAGGACGGAGAGGAGUUCGGAAAGAAGUGUAAGGCGAAAGGGACAUAUGUGGAUGCCGAAGCGGAAGCAGCAUUCUGAGGCGAAGCUGCCACGACGAAGCUUUUUAGCCUUAUUCCCUAGCAGUCACAAACUAUAAACUAUAACUAAGUGACGCAAGUGCUAUCAUUAGCUAACAUAAAGCGAGCGACGUUUGUUGUUUGAUCUCGCACACAAUUAAGCAAUUUUAUUUAUUAUAUCAUUUCCAUAAUAUACGUUAAAAAGACAGGGACUAAUAUCAUCUUUUUACGUUCGCGUUUCUCAUAAUACCAUGAUUCACAAAUGUGACAUUUAGAGAAGUAAUAUUUUUAAAUAAAGAUGAAAAGUCAUGUGCUGGUAUUUUUUGAGAAAUACAAGCACGUUUAGAAAGUAUUAAUAAAAAAAAAAAAAUCGAAAAUAUCUUUAGAAAAGAUAUUUUUUAUACUGCCAAGUAACGAAUAUACUAUUUUGUAAGAUUUUAUUGGAUACGUAUAAAUAGAAUAUCUUUUUGUAAGAAAAGUAUUUUUCUUCUUAAUUGACAAACAUGACACAUUUGACACGAUCCAACAAACCAACUUUUACAUAAACUGUCUUAUUUGCAUUAUAUUUUGCAAAUUGUAUUUUGGAAAUUGUAUUCGGUCUGCCACGUUGCAUAUCUGACUGAGUGGUCAGAUGUUAAAUAUAUUUUUAGAGCUGACGAGAUAUAUUUUUUAGCGAAUAAGGUGGUUCGUUCCUCGCAGUUUUUUGCAAAUAAAUCUUUGCAUAUCUUGUUAUAUCGUAGAUGUACAAUUCUCAGAAACGUUUAUGUUUGUCUGUAACUGCUGGUACAAUCUGGCAUUGCUAAGGCUGCGAGGUGACUCCAUCAUUGAACUGUGUGAGCAAGCCGUUAAUAGAUAAUUUACGAUUGUCACGUUGCGCCAAUCGUGUCUAUGAUUUGCUUAUCCGGGAACUAAAAAUAGUCUUUAGGCAAUAUAGACAAUCGGAGAAUUAUCCACAAUAAAGUAAUUAACAUUACCAACGCGUGCGCAUAAACACACACAUACACACUUAAUAUUGUAAUCUUAUGUAAAGGCUCGCUUCAUAUGAGCUUGUACCGCGAUUGAAGAAAUGAGUGACUCAUGAUUGCUGACAAUGAAGGGGAUUAGAUAACAGCUGAUUGAUGUUGUGAUAAAUACAGUAUAACGUGCAUCUUCGCGAUUUUUUUCUCAAUUCUGACAUGGAAACCCAUAAUACGAGUUUUUAAUGUGUCAAAAUUUGGACUAAAGUAAAGAGGACGUGUGUAAGAAAUAUAUAUAUAUCAAUAUAAUUGUAAUCAGUAAAAAGAGCGAUAUCUGUCGGAUUAAGCGGAUGAUAUAGGGUAGAACAGGCGGCGCUGGAGAAAGAAAGAAGGUGAUCGUCGAAAGAGUGUGAGUGUAGCAGAAUUUUGUCAAGAUGACACGUAGGCAGAAAAUAAGUCCCGCGCGUUAUUAAGUAACGGUGUUAAUUGGAAGAAGAGGUUGAGUUUGUCGUUCGUAGAGUUCGAUUAAGACCGAUAUACGUAUAUUUCGGUUCAGGGACAGUGAGUAGCAAUUUAGCGGUUGAGUGGGGUGUGCACUGUACACGUGGCUACACUCUUGUGUAGUUAAGAACAAUAAACUGUUAUUUUUGUUGUGA